AUGGCUUGUUCUGCCUCAUCUUCCGCUACCUCUGCCUCCCCCCUCUCCUUCGCGCCUUCACAAAGCAUACCUCGUCUCUCUUACGCCGCAACGGCAAGCUCUGAGGGCUCGACGUCGCAUCCCGUUCCACCUGCAAGGGGCGCACAUCAGCGCAAGCCAGUAGAGGCCAGUCUAGCGAAGCUGAAACCUUUGUUCGACAAGAAGGUGCGAGUCAUUGCUCUUCGCGUACCGGCCAAGGAAGUGGGCACAAUCAAGUCACAAUCGGCAGUAGCUGCAUCGACCCUGGUCGUACCAAAGCUCUCGAGCGUAGUUCGUGAUGGCUCUAUUGGCAAUGCCCAGUCACGCUUGAUUUUACUGAAGCACGCUUCCGCAGGAGAGGUACCACAAGACAUCACCUCCCUUGCUCUGGAGAGAGGGCUACAGCUCGUACCACACGACAUAGCUAUCGGCUACGACUGGUAUUCAGCAGAUGAAGUUCUAUCUGCGAUCCUGCCCGAGGACGAUUCCAAAGGCACACCAACGGGGUACACCAUCGUGGGCCACAUCGCCCACCUCAACUUGCGUGAUGAGUAUCUCCCCUUCCGAUUUCUUAUUGGACAGGUCAUAUUGGAGAAGAAUCCUUCCACAAUCCGCACAGUGGUCAACAAGUUAGAUUCCAUCGAUACUGAAUUUCGAUUUUUCCAAAUGGAGCUUCUGGCAGGCGAAGAGGACUACGUCACCACUGCCUCGGAGUCCAAUUGCACCUUUACCUUUGACUUUCGCAAGGUCUACUUCAACUCCCGCCUUCACACAGAACACAAUCGUAUCGUCUCUCUCAUGCGGCCGGGUGAGGUGGUGAGCGAUGUCAUGGCCGGAGUAGGCCCCUUUGCCCUCCCAGCAGCCAAGAUGGGAUGUGUCGUCUAUGCCAAUGAUCUCAAUCCAGCCAGCUAUGAGAGCCUCGUCAAUAAUGCAAAGAAGAACAAAGUUGAGGGAGGCUGCAAGUGCUAUUGCGAAGAUGGAAGGACCUUUAUAAGGGAAAGUGUCAAGAGGGCGUGGAGGAGGGAGACCGCUUCCUGGGCAGGACCCAAGAGCUCGAAACAGCUCAACAAGUUGGGGCGCGCUCGGAGGAUGGGCUUGCAAGAUGGAGAGAUGGUAGCGCAAUCCAGCGGUGAGCCAGCAACAAAGCCGAUAUUAGUUGAUACUGCUCCACCUCCUCCCAGUCGCCUCGUCGACCACUUCAUCAUGAAUCUUCCCGCUUCUGCCCUCCAAUUUCUGGAUGCUUUUCGCGGGGCGUAUCGGUCACUAGCACAGGAGAUAGGGCGCCAGGCUCUCGAUGAGGCAAUACAGCAGAAAAGGCAGAGUACAAGUCGCAGUGUCCAAGCAAGGGAAUGGCCUAUGGUGCAUGUUCACUGUUUCACAAAGGAGCUCAACCGCCCGUACGAGGAUAUUUGCCAGAGAGCGAACACGGCUCUGGGUCUGUCUUCGACUCAUCCAGACAGACUCAUCGCACCUUCCUUUCCCCCUUCUGCCGCACACUCUUGUCACACUGGCGUACCAAUAGAGGCGCUCAGGUCAGAGGAGUCUGCGACGCCUGAGGUGUCCCUACAUUGGGUACGGAAGGUCGCACCGAACAAGGACAUGUACUGUCUCUCUUUCAGGCUGCCUGCUUCGGUACUCUUUGAUGAGUGA